ACUCACCGCAGGACGACAUCGACUAAACUUGUAGCCACACAAGCAAAAUGGGUCCGAUAAUAUUUGGAACUGUCUUAUGCCUUGCUGUGACCGGUGUAACUGCGGCUGCUGGUACUGUCGCACUCGGAGCCACCUGCACACCUACCGACGGAAGUCGGGCUGACUGCGCGGACACCAACGCAAUUUGUCCAUCAUCUGGAGCGAAAUGUACCUGCACAUCUGGAUACACUCAGUCUGCAACCAGCUGCACUGCGGCUGCUGGUACUGUCGCACUCGGAGCCACCUGCACACCUGCCGACGGAAGUCGGGCUGACUGCGCGGACACCAACGCAAUUUGUCCAGCAGCUGGAGCGAAGUGUACCUGCAAAUCUGGAUACACUCAGUCUGCAACCAGCUGCACAAAAUCAGGUGUAAAUGCGCCUGCUGGUACUGUCGCACUCGGAGCCACCUGCACACCUGCCGACGGAACUCAGGCGAACUGCGCGGACACCAACGCAAUUUGUCCAGCAGCUGGAGCGAAGUGUACCUGCAAAUCUGGAUACACUCAGUCUGGAACCAGUUGCACUGAACAGAGAGGAAACAACAAUGGAAGAGAAAUCGCUUUUUCGCCGCUCCUUGUGUUCCUCGCUCCUGUUUCUCUGGCGGUUUUCAUGGGGCAGUGACUCGGAAUUUUCUUCGGCACCGGACAAGGCUUUCUAUAAAAGGACAUUUAUAUUAUAGUUUCUUUAUUAAAAUUAGCUGUAUUUAAACUCCUAAAUUUCCCAUAAUUUGUCAUAAAGCAUAUGUAUAAAUAUGUGAAAACUUUGAUGAUGGCGGGAUCUGAUGAAAGGUUUUCCUUAUUUGUACAUAUCUUUAGGAGCAUUACAAAGUAUUAUUUAUGACUGUCUUUCUACCAAAUACACUUAGAAUUCAACUAACAUUAAUAUCAAGUGGUUUAGAUGAUCAAGGUAAAGCUAAAUUUUGUUAGGUUGUGUGUUUCUACAUUUUUACAAAACAGUCUGAACGAUUACGUGCACUUGAAAAUAAUGCAUAAUCCAGCUACAAAAAUAUACAAUUAAUACAAAUAAAGUAAACUUAUACAGCUAUUGAAUGUAAUUUGAAAGAGAAUGUAAUUUAAUAAACGAAAAUUAUCGGUAUUCUAUGGGGAGCUGUAAGUCUAGAUGUUGUUGGACUCUUCGCUCACUUUUGGUUGGGAAACAACUGCACAUCGUACACCUCUGUGGGAAAAUAUAUGUCCUUUAAGAUAACCGAGUUGAGAAAUAGGAAUUAUAAUGAUUCUUACAAUAGCUGGUUAAUCCCACUUUUUUUCUUUAGGUGCUUACAUACCUGCAUUUCUGUUUCAAUGUAUAACUGCUGAUGGAACUGAAAUAAAAAAAAAAUAUUUGAUGAUAA